UUCAAAGCCACAUCAUGCGGACUCUCCAUUUCUCUCCUCGUCUGCAGAUGAAACUUGGUGCACGGCGCUGAUCGCGGGAAGUUCUCACUUACCACCAAAAUGGGAAACGGCUCAGUCAAACUGAAUCCCUUCAUGCACGUCAACGGCUCAGCCAAAUCCAAGGUCAAUGCAGAAUCCAAUGGUGGUUCUCAGAUUCUUAGGAUGAAGGUGGAGGAGCUGGAGUCCCAGCUGAAGAAGAAGGAUGAAGAAUUGAAUGCCCAGCAACUCCAGAUCAAACAGCUGGAGGAGCAGCUAGCCCAGCAGAACCAAACUAUCACUGACAUCUCAGAUGCUUUGAGGAACAAGUGUCUCCAACUCAGCAAACUUCAGGAAGCAUUGAAAAAUCCAGGAGAUUUGGAGCUCUUGUCUUCGCCCACAAAGGCCAAGUUCAGUCAGCGUCUUAGCGGCCUGUUGCGAGAGACCCUCAACAAGAGGAAAGGAGCUAAAGCUGGAGUGUCUGCAGAACCUUCCUCCAGGACAUAUGAUUCAAGCAGCAUGCCCAAGUUCUACUUCGAGAGUGCAAGAGUCUGGAAAGAACCAAGUGUGAAGAAGCUCCUAACGGAUGCCUUGAAUAAAAAUCGGUAUCUGAAGAGACUGGAAGGACAGCAGCUCAAAGACAUGGUGGAGUGUAUGUAUGAGCGAACCUACCAGCAGGGAGAGUUUGUCAUCAAGCAAGGCGAGCCAGGGAACCACCUCUUUGUGCUGGCUGAUGGUAACCUAGAUGUCUAUCAGAACAACAAACUGCUAACUUCCAUCGCAGUCUGGACAACAUUUGGUGAAUUAGCCAUUUUAUAUAACUGUACCAGGACUGCGUCAGUCAAAGCGGCCAGCAAUGUCAGAACCUGGGUCCUCGACCGAGAGGUGUUUCACAACGUCAUGCGAAUGACUGCUGAGGCACGGCAUGAGCAGCAUCGCAGCUUCCUCAGAAGUGUUUCCCUUUUGGCCAAUCUACCAGAGGACAAGCUGACAAAGAUUGUUGACUGCUUGGAGGUGGAGUAUUAUGACAAAGGCGACUAUGUCAUCCGGGAGGGAGAGGAAGGAAACACUUUCUACAUUAUUGCCAAAGGAAAGAUUAAAGUAACCCAAAGCACAAAGGAUCACGACCAGCCACAGGUCAUCAAUACCCUUCAGAAAGGAGAUUAUUUCGGAGAGAAGGCUCUCAUCAGUGAUGAUGUCCGGUCAGCUAAUAUAAUCGCCGAUGAGGAUGGUGUAGAGUGCCUUGUGAUUGACAGAGAAACGUUCACUCAGACUGUUGGCACCUUUGAUGAAUUGAAGAAAUAUCUUCAAGGUUAUGUUGAGACUCUGGCCCGUGAUGACAAGAAGAGAAAUGCAAAGCGGUCAGGGAGCAGCACUCCUCCCAGCUCGCCCCUGUCCCUUGACUGGAUACAACUUAAAGAAAAAGAUUUUACAUCCACUAUAUCCUUCAGCCACCUGGAGAUCAUUGCCACUCUUGGAAUAGGGGGUUUCGGCAGGGUUGAACUGGUAAAAGUGAAGAAUGAGAAUGUGACCUUUGCUCUGAAGUGCAUUAAGAAGCGUCAUAUUGUGGACAACAGACAGGAGGAGCACAUUCACUCAGAAAGGGGAAUCCUGAGCGAAACCAACUCUCCUUUCAUUGUCAAGAUGUACCGCACAUUUAAGGACAGCAAGUAUGUGUACAUGCUGCUGGAGGCAUGCCUGGGUGGAGAGAUAUGGAGUCUGCUGAGAGAUCGGGGAAGCUUUGAUGAGAACACUACCAAGUUUUGUGUGGGUUGUGUGACUGAAGCAUUUGAAUAUCUCCACAACAAAGGAAUUAUCUACAGGGACCUGAAACCUGAGAACCUUAUGCUGGACUCAGAUGGAUAUGUAAAACUGGUUGACUUUGGUUUUGCCAAGAAGAUCAAGUGUGGCCAGAAGACAUGGACAUUCUGUGGAACACCUGAGUAUGUUGCACCUGAGAUCAUUCUGAAUAAAGGCCAUGGCCUCAGUGUGGACUUCUGGGCACUAGGAAUCCUAAUCUUUGAGCUUGUUACAGGAAGCCCCCCCUUCACUGGCUCAGAUCAGAUGAUGACAUACACAUUCAUCCUGAAGGGUAUGGAAAAGAUGGACUUCCCAAAGAAGAUCACCAAGAGGCCGGGGGACCUUAUUCGAAAGCUCUGCAAACAAAACCCUUCAGAGCGACUUGGGAAUAUGAAGAAUGGAAUUACAGACAUCAAGAAGCACAGGUGGUUUACUGGCUUCAGCUGGAGUGGCCUGAAAGGCAGAACUUUGACCUCCCCUCUUAAAAGAGAGGUGAAGGGGCCUACAGACCACAGCUACUUUGACAACUACCCACCUGAAGAUGAGAUUCCCCCUGAUGAACUUUCCGGUUGGGACAUGGACUUCUAACAUCCUUUCUUUUCCCCUCCCCAACUUAACUAUAUGUGAGCAAAGCCAAAACUUCUCCACCUUCCUUUUUCUUUGACAUGAAGCCAUUAGAAUCACAAUGUAUGCUACAGAGGUCUUUCACAAAGCAUGGCCUUCACUGCAAGCCAUGUUUGUGAUGGAGUAGGUGGUGCCGUGGAGGAGGCCAAGCCUACUGGGAAUGUGGCAUUUGGAUGAACUGGACCAGUGUUGUUUCAAUGAUGUCAGUAGUCUUGUUCAGUUGCGGUUCACAUGAUAAGAUGAUGACAUUAGUGUUGCUGGGUAUAUUUGCUGUUUAUCUGUCUAUUUUUGGAGAUCAGAAAUGCUAGAAAAGGUUCACCACAAAGUUCUCCCAGGAGCUUUCCCCAAGGGUUCUCCUUGUGUUUAACUUAUGGGCUACAGGCAGCACAGCAAAUUGUGUGAAACCAGAGGGAAUAUUUGCCUUUUGACAUGGCGAAAUUUUGUGGAUAAGCAAGAAGGUGAGAUAUGUUUGGUUUUGGAAGUGACCACUAGCUAACUGCCAAACCCUUGAAUGCAAUAACCACCUGUGGGUGUGAAGGCUAGAGAUGUGGCUUCAAACAAUGGACCACAGGAGAUGAGUGCAGCUGCAGUUUUCUGUAAUUCAAGCAGAGUUAUGUGAAACGUGUAUCUUUAGAAACGUGUUUACCAAGAAACAGUGUGACUUUCUAGAGCCUGCGAAGUGCUAUUUUCAGUUUCACCUGGCCUCUUCUCUUGAGCCAAAGACGUUUUCUAGUCCAGGUCUGUGAAGAUUCUUACUUGGAUUUUAAGUUACUUUUUGACCAUUUAUUGAGUUAAUAUUGAGAGAUUAUUUAUUGGGUUAAUAUUGAGAGACACAUUUUUGAUGGAUGCAAAACUGUUGAGAUGAAAAUGUAACAAAUGUAGCAUUCAAGUUUUUAUGAUCGUCUUUUGUGAAAUGUCUUUGAUCUGCAGUCUUUAGAGUAUAAAGACAUGUACGGAUGGGCUGUAAAUAAAAUGAGAUAUUGAAAGUCGAAUGUCAUUGUGUGGACACUGAGACAAUAUUGAUGUGAGCUCAUUACACGCAUCAUGUCCUAUGAUACAGGACCCUAUAUACCAGCCUUGGUUACAUAACGAUUGCAUAAUGACAGUGAGGCAAACUGCUUAUUCGAUUGACUGAAUAUUAUAGCA